GCAGCACAUAGGAACGAUGCGAAGGGAGGGUUGGUAGACUAUUAGACUAGGCUACAGGCUACGCAAGAUCGAAUCAUUAUGGAUUUUGAUGAGCGGGUCCCAGUUGGGUCUAAUAUGUAUUUGCCCGGCAGCUGCACCUAUUACGUCUCGGGGACAGACUUCUCAAGCCUCCCUCCUUUUUUGUCCCACCAGAGUCAGUCUUCUUGUCCCAUGACAUAUUCCUACCCAUCCUCAACUCUGCCACAGCUUCCGUCUGUCAGAGAGGUAGCUUUCAGGGACUAUCGUGGCAUUGGUAGCUCCAGUAAAUGGCACCACCAUAGGGGCGGUAUGUCACACUGCUACCCCACUGAGGACACGGUGCAUAGGGACUGUCUAUCAAGCUCGACCUCCUUGGGGGAAAUAUUCACGAGAAAUAACUCCAGUGAUGUCUAUCACACCAGCAGCUCCAAUCCUACAUCAAGUCUCCAGGGCAGUGUGAGUAGGAAUGGAGUGUUACCUCAAGCCUUUGAUCAGUUUUUCGAUACUGCUCAAGGGAGCGCAGACAACACACCAACAAGCGAACACUCCGUGGACAGAACUGCCACCAAACAACCUAUAGUUCCGGUGACCGGUUCCGACAAGUGCCGGGAUACAGAGGAGGGAACGCCGGGCGAGGUGAGCUGCAGCCCGGUGUCUUCUUCCGGCAACAAUGAAGAGAAAUAUAGCGCCAGCGGUGGACAGAGAACCCGUAAGAAGAGAUGUCCAUACACCAAAUACCAAAUCAGAGAAUUGGAGAGGGAGUUCUUUUUCAGUGUUUACAUCAACAAGGAGAAACGUCUUCAACUUUCGAGGAUGCUCAAUCUCACCGACCGCCAAGUUAAAAUCUGGUUUCAAAACAGGAGGAUGAAAGAGAAGAAACUGAACAGAGACCGUUUGCAGUAUUAUACCACGAACCCUAUGCUGUAACACUGGUUGAUGGAUGUCGCCUCCCCUCAGACAAGGCAUGCAUGAAGCUCAAUCGCUCAUUUCAAAUUCCUUGGUCUGAAAAUUCCUCCCGUGAUGGACAGACAUUUGUAGAUGUAUUUGUCCAUCAUACUUAAUUUGUUGAGAGUAAUAUCUAGUGUAAUAUUAUUAUUAUUAGGCCUAUUGGCCUAUUUUAAUUGUAGGUGAUUUUCUUGUUGAUCUUUUGAUCUUGCUAUUUGUUGUUAUGAAAGUGCGGUGCCACCAAAACAGAACAUAUAUCUGGUCGAAUCCGAACUUGCGUAAAAGUCACAUUUUCGAGCAAAUUAUUGAAUUGGCAUCAAUGCAUAAUGCAUGAAUUACACGAACGUUAGAUUUACGCGCGCCCAUUUCAUAUCAAAUUCGACAUUUAACGAUGUAACAUAUUUAACAACCUGUAUCUUAACAUUUAUUAUAUAUAUAUACCUACAAAGGGUACAUACCUUUUCCAUGACGAGAAGGCAUGAUUUAUCCCUAACUUUGUUGGUUGUUUGUUGUCGCCAUUACACGCGCACAGAAGGACUAGGCUAUAGUUUAAAAUAGGCCUGUUAUUUAUGCAUUG